AUGGAACCCAUCGACGACGUUCCGAGAGGCUAUAGGUUCCUUCCCACGGCGAAGGAAUUGGUUGACUACCUCGUCAACCAUGUCGCCGGCACACCCAUCCCUUGCCGCGCUCUCGAAUUCGCCGACGUCUAUGGCACCGAGCCGUGGAAUCUUCUCGGCAGCGAUCGGCAGGAGGGCUAUUUCUUUACGGAGCGCAAGCCCAUGAACAGCCGUGACUGGCGCGUGAAACGAAAGGCUGGCAAUGGUUAUUGGCAUGGGAAUAAGAAUGAAACACUCGGCGAGUUCAUCGUCAACGGGCGCAUAGCGAGUGUGCAAAAGAACUACCUUUCUUUCAGGAAAGUGGAAGGCCAGCGGAAGAAGAACUCCGGGUGGACGAUGUGCGAAUAUGCGAUGUGUUAUUUCGACGGCGGCUUCGAGAGACGAGUUCUCUGUCACGUCAAGAAGAGCUCACAGAACUCGAAUCAGGCCUCCGUACUGGCGGCUUCUGACGGUGGAGGUGACCUUGGGAUAACCACGGAAAUGAUCGAAGCCGCAAGGAUCUCGUCGUCGUCGGUCGAUCAUGGCGGUGAGCAGAUGCACUGCCCCCUCGAUCACUCGUUCAAGAAGAGCCUGGAAGAGCUCGAAACCUUCUUGAUGUCCGAUGACACCAUCGCCCCCACCUCCUCAACCGAGGUCACGUGGGUGGCAGAGUACGAAGCCUCCUUGAGGUCCGUCUUGACUACGACUCCAAGGGCUGCGCUGUAA